CUCGUGGAUCGUCCUUCUACAUCUCCGGGAAUCUCUUCAUUCACGAUGUUGUUGCCACGAGGCAUUAUCACACGCACACUCGCUGCAUUGCUCACCUGUCAACAAGUUGCUGCUGUUCCGGAGUUCUACAGCAAUGUACGACACAACGUCCCCCGCCAGGAGCAGACUACAGCAGGCAACGCUCCGCGGGCGCUUCUCGAACCCAUAAUACCACCGAUGAUUGAUGAAGAUGCUCUCUUGACCUUGGCUACAGCGAAGAAUGUUACCCUGGCUUGGGCUGGGUCCAGCAACACAAACACCUCAAAAGGAGUCUUUCGACGAGAUGGAUCGGCGGUCCUCACACAGGCGACUUUCGAAUUCCGUCACCCAACUGUCGCGCUAGAUCAUUCAACCUACAUUUCGCAAAUAUCCUGCUCAAACGGUAAACUCACUGCAAAGUUGACGGACAAGGCUUACGCGUACGUGAAGAAGCGGUGGCCAACCAAUAGCCCGAUCAUCUUCGUCACAGCUGUUCAAGGCUGUGGCAAGGAUGAAGAGAACGACUACUUCCUCGCGAGAUCUGUCGCCCUUUCGGAUAACAGCAAGACUUUCACCGCUUCAGGUGCCGAAUCCACGUACAAGCAAAUUGGCCUGCGAUUCGAUCUGUCAUGGGGCGAUGUGGGAGUCCUGCCUAUCAAGCGGGCCCACGAUAAGAGACAUAUCUUUGCGCCUCAUCCAGCAUUCCGACGAAGAGGUCUUAUCGACGUGGAAGAAACCCUGGACUUCACAUUCGGAUUCGGUGUGUACGCAAGCGACAUCCUCGGUGUCGAUUCAGAUGCCCCUUGGCCAAACGCAGUGCGACUUCUGAAAGUCGGCAAAGACGAGCCAGGCGUGAAGAAUGACACCAAGAAGGCGUGGGAGAAAGGCGAAUUGUCGAAAGAUGUGAAGAAGUUCGAGGGACCCAAACCUGGCAAAGUGUCCGGCGGCCUAGAAUACGGCGUCAAGUUGUACUGCGUGCAGUGCGGCUUUGGAGGCCAAGCAACCAUAUACGGAACCAUGGGCGGAGAACUGCCUACUUUCUCACUUACAAAGCUGAAGGUCGGCUUCAAGCUGCAGAUGAAAGCAGGAGCUAAUGCAGGCUUCGAGGCCUACGCACUCUACAAGAAGGAGUACCUGAAGCAACUAGCCAGGAUCAAUCUUGCAGGAUGGAAGAUCCCGCUACUGGCUGACAUCGGUCCUUUCAUCCAGCUCAGCCUCCUCCUCGGAAUGGAGAUCAAGGCCAGUGGGAACUUGCUUAUUGGCUCGAGCGUGGUAUGGGACCAAAUCGAGAUCGAACUGGACUUACUGGAUUCGUCCAAGAGUUUCAGUCGGGGCUGGUCACCGAGAUACGAGCCCAACUUCUCUGUGUCUGGCGAGCUCAACGCUCAGCUGUACGUGGGCUUGCCUGUCAAGAUUGGACUGGGGGUCAACAUCCUUGAAGGUACAUGGGAGGCCGACGCCUCGUUCGUGGAGACACCGAAAAUUGUCGCCGAGGGCAAGUUUGAGGCCACUGCCGCGCUUGGUGCGAAUCCAAACAAAUUUGGCACAGACGUGAAUGAAGGCUGCUAUGGUAUCGUAGCGUCGCUCUUCUUCUCGAACACUCUGCAAUUUGUGCUACAAGGCAAAUACAUUGGCUCAAGAGCCUACGAUCUCAUGGACCCAGUCAAGAUCGACCUCAUCGAGCCGAAAUGUCUCUCUUUCGAGAGGACAGGCGGCGGUGACGGACUGCCAGAUUAUACACCCCAAGGCACAGGAUCGGGAGCUGGCUUGGGCGGCAACGGACUCAACAGUGGAGGCAUCGGACUCUCCGGAGGAAACAACAAUAACAACAAACCUCCUUCGACAACCACGACAACUUCCCGUACAGGCAGCGCCACCGGAACUCCCACUCCGCCCAGGCCAGCCUGCACACCAGGCUUGGUCAAAGACAACCCAUCGAAGCCCAAGAACACAAUCUGUGGUAGAUUUGCGAAAUCUUCCCAGGUCCUUACCAAUCCGCAACCAAAGCUAUUCAAGGAAUUCGACAUUGGCAGCGAUACUCUAUGCCGCAACGAGUGUCUGCUGAACGCCGGCUGUCAGAGUUAUAGCUACACCAACAAGGGCAAAUGUACGCUGUACAACCGCAAAGUGUUUGAUAUCGCCAUGGCGACGAAGCCUAAUUCGCCCGAUUUUACGCUAUGGGACAAAGAUUGCUAUAUUGUCACUACGUGCUAA